AUGGUGGUUUUAGUGGACUCACAGCCGGCUUACGAGGCAAGGAACUUUCUCAAGCUGCUGUGCAGCAGGGGCAUACAUCGCACUUAUGUUCUCCUCGCCGCCAUUGGUCCCAUUCUCCGCACCGUGAACUCCGUCUUCCUUGGCGCCCAUGCUAUGCUCGCCAAUGGCGCUAUCUAUGGCCGCGCUGGAGCGGCCAUGAUAGCCCGGGUCAUGCUUGAUAGUAUUCUCAGUAACGAGAUCAGUCUGGGCAUGAACAAACACAUCGGCAUUAAAACCCCACUGCUUUCAACCACACAGAACCAGCGCACCCCACCACCAUGUUGA